AAGAAAACGAAGGCUGCUCCGCACUGCUGUGUCGGAUAAAGCUGAAUCAAGAAUGAUUCACUGUUUGGAAGCGCUGUAAUCAUCGCACGGGACGACACCUGCUUGUGGAUACAAUAAAAACUCUUGGUGAAGCUACUGAGAUCCACGUGACACACUGUUAUAAAGAUGGCGUUUAUUAAAGAGGAGUGUGAAGAUGUGAGGAUUGAAGAAGCAUUCAGAGUCAAACAAGAAGAUCCUGAGGAACAAACAGCCAUGAUGCUGCUGAAAGAGGAGAAAAAAAUUGAAGAAGAAGAUCAGUAUGAGAAACAUCAUGAUUUUAUUACUGGAGAAAAAUCUUUUAGUUGCUCACAGACUGAGAAGACCUCACUCAAAAGAAAUCAAAAGACAGGAAAGAGAAGUUCUUCCACUUGCCAACAGUGUGGAAGAAGUUUCAGUCGAAAAGGAAGCCUUAAAAUUCACAUGCGAAUUCACACUGGAGAGAAUCCUUUCACCUGCCAACAGUGUGGAAAAAGUUUCACUCAAAAAGGAAGCCUUAAAAUUCACAUGCGAAUUCACACUGGAGAGAAUCCUUUCACCUGCCAACAGUGUGGAAAAAGUUUCACUCAAAAAGGAAGCCUCAAAAUUCACAUGCGAAUUCACACUGGAGAGAGCCCUUACACUUGCAGAGAGUGUGGAAAAAGUUUCAUUAGAAGAGGAAGCCUUAAAAGCCACAUGACAAUUCACACUGGAGAGAAGCCUUACAUAUGCCCUCAAUGUGAAAAGUGUUUUACACGUAAAGCAACCCUAAAUGCCCACAUGAAAAUUCACACUGGAGAUAGUCCUUACACCUGCAAACCAUGUGGGAAGACCUUCUCACAAAAAGGAAAUCUUAAGACUCACAUGAGAAUUCACAAUGGAGAGAGGCCGUUCAUAUGUGGUCAGUGUGGAAAGAGAUUCCGAAGUAAAGUGAACCUGAAUUACCACGUAAGGAUUCACUCAAGACAGAACCGUUUUAUAUGUCAUCAGUGUGGAAUAAGUUUCACAGACAGGAAGCACUUUAAGAAACAUGUAAUAACUCACACAGGGGAGAAGCCAUUCUCAUGUCUUCAGUGUGAAAAGAGAUUUACAUAUCAAAAACACCUGAAACGUCAUUUGCAAUCUCAUUAUGGAAAGAAAGAGCAGUAUUCUGAAUGUGAUAAAAUGUUUAAAAAAAGAAGCAAUUUUAAAAAUCACCUGCACAUUCACACUAGAUCAAGGUCAUUUAAAUGUGAGCAGUGUAACAAAAAAUUUAUUUUGCCAUCACACUUACAGAAACACCUAAAAAGUCAUGCAUAUGUUAAACCCUAUUUGUGUUCUUUGUGUGGGAAGAGUUUUAAAUGGCUCAGCAAUUUUAAAUGGCACCAGAAAAUACGUAUCUGUAUGAAAUAAAUGUUACGAUAACACUGCAGCUUAUUGUGAGCCAAAUCUGAUUUUGCACCUUCGUGAUCAUUUGCAUUAGUCACCUCUGUACAGGUCCUUCUCAAAAAAUUAGCAUAUUGUGAAA